AUGGCCAUCAUGCCCAAGUUCGGAGCUACUAAUGGUAAGAUGCAAACAAACCUGUAUUCUUGGCCUUCAAAGCCACGUUUCCAACCGUCAAUCAAAGUUCGUCUUUCUCCCUUAUUGCCUGUAGUUCUCAAGAUUGCUAUCGCAAGUGGGACAUUACCAACUUCGCACUGCCAAAGACUAGGGAGAUAUUCCAUUUCUAUUGGCAAGAAACUGGUUACAUUAACCAGACAUGCAGCUAUCUCCACAUGGCGACCUUUCAAGGCCAAAUGCAUAGCAGUAUCUCCACUCUGUCCUCCAGAUUACAUAGAUUCAGUCUCAACCUCUCUCAGACAGCCUAGCUGA